AUGAUCCUCACCAAAGACGAAAUACAAACGAUCACCCUCAACGCCAAGUUCGUGCACAAGUAUGCCGACCAGGUUUUCUUCGUGAGUGGCGUCAACGACGCACCGCAGCGCGUGGGCGACCAGCCGUUUCUCAACUUCUUCGUCCGCUACCACCACCGCGAUGCCCCGGAGCGCUACUCGUGGUCCCGCGUACGUCGAGUGCUGCUGCUGUCAGACGUGAACAGCGCGGCGCAGCGUACCGGCACGGCACCGACGGUGGAGUGGCGCGGCAAGACGAUUUGGGUCUGUUUGGCUGUCGAGCCGGUGCAACACCAUACGCGUGCGGCCUCUUCUGCCGCUGCCGGUGAAGUCCAAGAAGAGGAGCUUGUGAUGCUGCCGCAGCUAUCGAACACGGUGCCGACGGAGGAGGAGGUGCUCGCCUUCUGCGUCGCGAGCGCCAACCAGCGACCAACGGAGAAGUACACAGACGGCGUGCUCGGUGACGCACCGGUGGCACCGGCGUUGCUGCCCGACACGGCGCUUUCGGAUGCGACAACCACCUUCACCGCGACCGCAACGGCAGCAGCGGUGGAUGCUGCGGAUGGCAGUGUGAUGGCACCCAUCCCAGCAGAAGCGACUACAAAAACACCGGCUGCCGCUGUCGCCGACGCGCCCACAUCGCUCAAUCCGCGUGUGUUCGUGCCUACGCACCGUCAGGUCGAACUGCUGCGUCAGUACAAGAAGCAGCACUUCACGCACCAUCAGUGGACCGAGGAGGAGAUCGAGCAGUCCAAGGUACUGCGGCAGCGGUACAGCAGUAUCGGCGUGGCUGCGGCGCCGGUGCGCACCGUGGCGUACGAGCACGAGCAUCGCGUGGUGGAGCGGAAGCAGCGGACCGCCGCCACCGCGACGGCAGCGCCGGCCAGCCAGGUGCGAAAUCUGCUGGAGGAGGUGGAGGUCACGCAGGACCCGCUGUCGGAGCACCAGACCGCUCGUGGCGACGACCACCCACGUACACAUACACAGCAUGCUACGUCUUCAGCAGCACGGACACCGACGUCGCCGUCCGCUACGGUGUAUCUGCACGAUGCGCCGCUGUCCCCCUUCUUACCACGCAGUGUUCUCCGCCUUCAACAGCAGCAGCAAUAUAGGCCGGCAGCCACCGCCUUUGCCGAUCGGGCGUCGUCGGACGAGCAGCCUUUCUCGGCCGCGAUGCCCGGCGCGCAUCCAUCGGCGUCUUCCUACUCUUCGCAGCUGGACGCGUCGUCGCAGACGCAGGGCGCGGAAACGCUCUCGUCGCUGUCGCGGCACCUUUCGCAGCUCCGCGCCGCCGAGGACUCCUUCUACCGGUACAUCAGCGAUGAGAAGCGCAGCCACUACCUGAACCGGCUUGCGAACAUCACGCUUCGCAACAGCGCGACAAACGCGCAGCGCCGGCGGCGCGGCAUUGCGAACGAGCGGCGGCUGGAGCGGAAGGGCAAUCUGCUCGAGUCGCGUGGUCUGUGGAUCACGGAUGACAAGGAGCGGGCGAAGCAGGCCGAUGACUACGUGAAGACCGCCGUCUCCGGCUCGUCCGACGCACAGAAGAGCGACGAAAAGCGGGCGGCAAAGAACGCGGUGGCGGGCAGCGCCGGCGCCGGCGAGAGCAGCGCCACGACUAGCAGCGCGGAGGACGCCUUUGUGGAGAAGUUCAAGGCCUACCACGACGCACAGCGCAUUUCCUUCGCAGACUGCGCGGAUGAUCUGCUGAGUGGGACGGAUGCAGAUGUGGAGUCGAUCGUGCAGGCGGCAGCUGUUUCUGCGGCGGAGGCGGAGAGGGACGCCUCAGCCAACGGCACGAGUGACAACAACGGUGGUGUGUCGAGUCCAGUGCGGGUGGGUCGUCGUGCGGUGCGCCGCUUGCUGCCGAAUCGACUCAACACGGAGGAGGCGACCCCGCUGGCGGUACAGGCGCAGCUGGUGCACCGCAGCACCGUCCGCAUGGCGAAGCGUGUACGUGAGGAGUAG